GCCCAGCAUCUCACUCCAUCACAUGGGAGGAGCUCUGUAGCUAUUAAUGGCUGGAGAGAGACUGCCAUGGAGCUCUGCAGAGAACAAUCUACAGCUACCAGCUCAGCCUACUCCAUCAACAGCAGUACACCCAAGGUGGCAGGAAUAGGCGGUCUGCAGAGCUCCCUGGGAAUGGACUUGUCAGGAAUCCUGCAGGCUGGUCUCAUCCACCCUGUAACAGGUCAGAUUGUAAACGGAAGCCUGCGCAGGGAGGAAUCUGCCCUUCGGAGGAGACGAGGAAGAAGAAAAAAUGUUGAAGGGAUGGACCUGGUUUUCCUAAAGGACAGGGGCAUGCAUGCAGGAAUUGUGGGGAUGCGGGAAGAUUCCAGCCAGCUGGGAUCUACGCACACUGAAGGCCCAUCUCCCAUACAGUCUGCCAGUACAGCUUCUAAGAUGCACUCCGAAAAAGUUAUUCCCAACAAGAGCCUCCUGGAAUGGCUGCGCCAGCAAUCGGACUGCACAAUAGACAUCCCAACCUAUGGAGGUAGUUUAUCAGACAAACCUAAGCCAAGGCGUCAGCGGUAUAAGGAACCAAUGAAGCUGGAUUUCAGCAUGCUGGCUGGUGAAGAGAGGACCUCAGCUGUAAAUAAAGAUGCAGGACGACGGGGAUUUCUCCCAGAAGCAAAAUUCGGUAGAGUGUUGUCUGAACCCCUACUUCAUGACCCCGGUCCCAGGAGAAGAGGAAGGAGGCCCCGUACUGAUCUACUAAAACCCCCCGGAACCGAUUCUUCUUCAUCAAACUUGAAUCCCCUUUUCAUGAACGGCCUAAUAGCUGGAAUGGAUAUAGUGGGAUUGCAGAACAUGAGGAAUAUGCAGGGUAUUCCUUUAACAGGACUCGUAGGCUUUCCUACAGGAUUCACAGCUGUGUCUGCCAAUGAGGAUGUAAAGAGCACGUUGAGUAUGUUGCCCAUGAUGCUCCCAGGCAUGACUGCCAUGCCUCAGAUGUUUGGCGUUGGCGGAAUUAUCAACUCUCCCAUCUCUGCUUCUGUGCCAACAUCUUUAGGAAGCACAAUAAAAGGUGGCAUCACCCAAACGGAGAAAUUU